UCUAGAGAAGAGAGCAACCACUACAAAACAAGAACAGAGCAAGUGGGUCACAGCAAAGUGGAGAGAGAGAGAGAGAGAGAGAGAGAGAGAGAGAAGGCAACUAUUCUAUUGUGUCUUUUCUGCAGGACUUCUGCAGCAUCUCACAUAAUGAGUUUGUCCGUCGCUGGUUUCUUUUUCUCCUCUUUCCCCCCCUCUCAUCCCCUCUCAUCCCUUCUCUCAUUUGCUGGCCUUUGUUUGCCAAUCUGCAGCAGGAGAUUCUGGACCCUCAAGGAGCAGGGAAAGGUGGGCCCUGUCAACAGGACUAUUGUUCAUUCUGCACAAGCAUUACAAGCACAUGAUUCGUCUACCUUUCGUCUACCUUAUUCGUUCGCCUCCCACCCCUCCACUGCAAUUGUUGCCAGCUCGCUAGAAGCCGACCAGUCAGAUUGGUAAGAUGAUAUGGUCAGGAGGGAUGGUCGGCACGGCCAGGGCCGUAGGGGCCGU